CGCACCCCGACCCUCUUUUCCCAUCCUGCGUGACCCCGUGUAGAGAAACCAAUUUAGUAUUGCACAAGCACUAACUCACUAGCACAGUCAAUAGCGUCUCUAUCGUUUAUAUAAUACUCGUGAAGAACCGUUUGGCCUCAUUUAUUCAACUGCAAAUAUAACUUGGUUGAAUCGAAAGCCUCCGACAGGGGGCGUGGGACGAAAAGACUGAUAGACGAAGGGAAUAUAUUGUUUUAUCGUAUCAAAACUCUGCUAUGAUUAAGCCGCAAUAUGUAACGUUGGCAUGUAUAAUUAUAUUGAGUGCGGUUUCCACCGCCUCUAUAACAAAAAGGAGUUACUCGGAUCAGUCUAUAAGAGAGUAUAUAACAGAGAGAACAUGCUGGUGGAAUGAAAUAUGCAAGGAGGAAUUUCAAACUUUGUUCAGAUGUAAAUGUCCAUCAUGGUCAUUUUGCCGGAGUCCAGGACGUUACUACAACGCGGUGUGUUCCAUGACCGAGACUGGAUACAUUUGGGAUCAGCCCACAUCCGAAUUUAGGCCACCCGGCCAGUAACACCAAAGUAUGAAAAAAACAAAUGAAGAUCAUUCUUUAAGAUGCACUUCGUUAUUUAACUCAUCUAUUAUUUCACUUGUUUGGAAUCGUGUAAAUAAUUUAAAGCACGUGCGGAAAAAUUCUAACAACGAUUUCCAUUUGAGACUGAUUUAGAAAUUGAAAUAAAAUUUCGUCUUCUAUUUUCUAUAAUAUUUAGCUUAAGAUAGCUUUGUCUUGUUUCCUCACUCCUGUACAAUGUUUCACAGUAUGUUUGUCU